AUGAGGGGAUACGUCAAGUGGCUACUGCUCGUGGUGGCAUACCUGUCGCUGUCUCAGGCUGCAGCGAUCGAUCGCCGCGGAGGAGCAGCGGCAAGGCGAGAUCUCGCGUCGGAAAUUCUCAAGGCAAUUGGCUUGGAAAACGCUCUGGAAAACGCCCUGGCCGGCCAGAGAGGCCAGCAGGGAGGUCAGCAAGGAGGUCAACAGGGAGGCCAAUUCAGGCAAGGCGGUGGACGUGGAAAUGCGACUGCAGGCAACCGGGGAGGACAGGCCGGGAAUCGCGGUGGGAACCGGGGCGGGCAGAAUCAGAACGGCAAUGGCAACGGCCGCGGCGGCAAUCGAGGCGGAAACGGCAACGGCAAUGGCAAUAACAGGAACGGAAACGGCAAUGGAAACGGCAGGAACAGGAAUGGCAACGGCAACGGCAACGGCAAUGGCAGGAACCGAAAUGGGAACAACCGCCAGACCGUGACUCAGACCGCGAAGGAGACUGUCACCGUCGGCGGUGCUGCCGGUGCUGUCGGCACGAACCAGACGGUCACGGUUACCAAGGCCGCUGCUCCCCAGACCGUGACGCUUGCGCCCGGGGCUUCGACCGCCGCGCAGUCUCUUUCCUCCGUCAAGUCCGACACCGCUGUGGCUGGCGGCGCCGCCCAGUCUUCGUCGGCGGCCGGUGCAGUCUCCUCGGCGGCCCGCGGGGCCACCACUUCGGCCGCCGCCGGUGGCGCAAAGAGCCCCGCGGGGACGGUCAAGCCGAACGCUGACGGAAACGGCGUCGGGGUGACGACUGUGCCCGUGCCGAGCGCGGCUCGGACCCCGACCAAGACGGUCCAGGGCGCUGCUCCCACGUCCAAGGCGGCAUCGUCUGCUGCCGCAAGCUCUGCCCUGCGCGCUCCCCCAGCCGGCGCUGCUUCUUCUGUUUCCCUGGCUCCCCUGCCAGGAGCCUCGUCCGCCUCAAGCCCCGUCGCCGCCCUCCCCGCCCUCUCGAGCUCUGCCGCCGCGGCACCGGCAGUGCCCGCUACGUCUGCAGCUGCAACUCAGAAUCUAGCUACCUCGGCUGCACCGAAACUCGCACCCCUUCCCGGCACCUCGGCAAGUAACCUCGCGAGCUCCGUCAACCUCGGCGGCGUUGCCGCGACGCAACCGGCCGCGGCAGUCCCGGCCGCUGAGUCCGGUGCCAUCAACGCCCCUCCGGCGGUCACCGCGGCUCCGGUCGUUGCCAACCCCGCCCAGGCGCAGCCCGUCAUCAACGUGAGCGGUCUGUCCCUCAACAGCGUCUUGACGCUGGGCAACCUUUUGGCACAGACCAUCCAGCCCGCGCGUGGUUGA